UCUUUCACAGAGUCUAACAAAAGGUUUCUUAAACACCAGCUAAGGACUAGUAGAUAAGGACAGAGAGUGAGAGAGAUAUAAAGAAAGACUGAGAGACUGGAAAGCAUGAUGAAACAAAUGGAAAUAAGAGAGAGGCCAUAAUGUAUUUUUUUUCUUUGUAAGGAAGAGAGUAAGCAAGAGAGAAUAGAGAAGAGAGAGAGACAGAAGAGAGAGACAGAGAGAGAGAGAGGAAAUAAUCUCAUCUUAUAAAACUUGUUGCACUGGGGAUUUACUGAAACAGGGCCUAGACACAGCUCUUCUUCUACACCCACCAUGUCAUAUCCUGCAGAUUACCUAUCUGAGGAGCAGUUUUCCUGCCCUAUCUGUCUGGAUAUCUUUACCAACCCAGUGUCCACGCCCUGCGGCCACAGCUUCUGUCUGACCUGCAUAACUUCAUACUGGGACAGCCGGGCUAAGACGUGGGUCUGCCCCAUCUGUAAGGAGAGUUUUCGGAAGCGUCCCGAUCUCCACAUUAAUCACACCCUCAAAGAGAUCACUGAGCAGUUUAAGCGCAUGGCCGAGAGCUCCGGAAGUACAGCCACACACCAUCAACCAACCCCCGGCACCAUCCAGAGGCCUGGAGUUCCACUCCGAGCAGUGGAGUUACCCGGAGGUCUGCUGACAGAGAUGAAGAGCAAGUUUCAGAGAGCCUCAUCCAGUGGGAAUUUGCUGUCAUCGCCGCCGCCGUAUGAGGCCUGCCAGAGGAGGUUCAGCGCCAGUGGGUACAGUGCGGGUGGCUCCACCGGCCCGCCGUGCCCCAGGCAUGGACUGAGCCUGGAUUUGUUCUGCAAAAAUGAUCAAAUGUGUGUGUGCGCGAUGUGCCUCGAGGGGGAGCAUUUUGGGCACUCUGCCAUCCCAGCUAAGAGGGAGAUGAACACCAAAAAGUCUCAGCUGCGAAUCAAGGAGGCGGAGCUACAGGGCUUAAUCACAGCCAGAGAAAAGAAGAUAGAGGAAAUUCAGAUUGCACUGGCAGACAUUCAAGCGAACGCGCAGCAGGAGGUGGAGGUCACGGUCAGUAUGUUUCGGGUUCUGAUGACCUCUAUGGAGAGGUGUCAGGCGGAGCUGCUGGAGUUGGUGCAGAUGGGCCGCAAUGCUGCAGAACUGCGCUCCCAGGCCCUCAUCCGGGACCUGCAGGAGGAGAUAGCUGAACUGAAGAAGAGGAGCAGCAGCCUCCUCCAGCUCGCACAGUCCACUGAUGAUCACAUCACCUUCUUCAAGGCCUAUUCAUCCCUGAGUGGUCCUCCUCCACUGAAGAGCUGGACGGAGGUGACCUUGACCCCUGAUCCCACAGCAGGAGCCGUGCUGAAAAACGUCACUCAAAUGGUGGAAAACCUCCAGGACGAGCUGAAGAGGCUGCCACAGAUCUGUUUGCGCUCCGCAGCAGAAUCACCCACAAAACGUCAAAUAAAAGUGCGGAAAGUGGAAGAAUAUGCAUUGGAUGUCACUCUGGACCGAGACUCCGCCCACCCACGGCUGAUCAUCUCUGAAGACAGUAAGCAGGUGUUGUGCAGCGACCGCUAUUUCACAGUGACGGACACUCCGGAGCGAUUCGACCGUGUGGUGUGUGUACUAGGACGCCAAGGCUUCAAUUCGGGUCGGCAUUACUGGGAGGUUUUAGUGGGAGACAAGACAGACUGGGACUUGGGCGUGGCCAGUCGCUCCAUCAACCGAAAAGGGAAGAUCUGCGUCAGCCCGGCCAAUGGCUAUUGGUUUAUGAGCCUGCGAGACAAGAACGAGUACGCCUUUCGUACCGAUCCAUCUACACCGAUUCUUAUAAACCCCAAGCCCCAGAAGAUCGGUAUCUAUGUGGACUAUGAGAAAGGCCAACUGUCCUUCUAUAGCGUCGACACUAAGACACAUUUUUUCACCUACACAGACACUUUUACUGAUACUCUACAUCCUUUCUUCAGUCCCUGCACAAACAAAUCAGGCAAAAACGAAGGGCCUCUCAUUAUAUGUCCUGUUGGUCCCGCUGACUGAAGCUUAGCUAACUAAAGCCUUGAGAAAAAACUCUCGCCUAUCCACUCUUGAUUACAGACCUACAGACUGUGACCAUUGGACCAAGGUCUUCAGUUUGAGACAUAAAUGUCAAAGUAAGACAACUACUGACUGAAACCUGGCUACUAAACAGCUCAUACUCACAGCUCGUGAUCUAUCAAAUUUUUCUGGCUGUCCUUGAUUGACUGUUUUCUCAUAAAACUGGUCCUUCUACUACUACUAGAAAUCAAACAUUACUAGUUCUUUACUAAUUAUGUUGGUGAUUAAUUUGAUGCAUCAGUCUGGUAGUUGGUUUCAGACGGUUUAAGCUGGCCUUUGAUGGUCAAGGGGGUUAAGAAGUUGGUAAUUCAGGCAAAGACAUACCCUAAACAGGUAAGCUAGAGGGAAAACCAGGUAUUAACCAGCAUAGUGUUGUUUGAUUAUGUAUGGAUUGUGGUUAUGCUUGGUCAUGUUGCUCUUGCCGGUUGCUUGAUCGUGCUGAUGGUUUUGCUUCGUCAGGUUCAUCAUUCUUAUAAACCAUGCAAUCAACAAACCAUAUUCAUAAUGCUAAUGAGACAUUUAUGAGGAAUUCUUAAUUAGCCUAAGUAUUUUUGUUACAGUAGUUUAAAAUAUCCUAUAUUGGUAACAGAGUGGGUUUACCAGAUCUUGCCCAGCUUGGUUGUGCUGGUUUGGUGGACAACCAAAUUGUGCUUGUAGAUCAUCUAAACCAGGGGUUCUUAUCCUGGAGAUUGUGACCAUCAAGUAUGUCCUGAUACUGUCCCUGGGGGUUGAACGAGAGAUGCAACACUGUGCAUGUGACUGGAACACAGACUGCAGUUUUUAACCUGUACAUAAUUCUAUUUGACCAAGAACACACAAGGUUUAGAACCCCUAAGCUAAACCAUCAAACUCAAGGAAAAGCAUACCCUAUUCUAGCCUAACCAGCUUGACCAGCUUGAGCAGGAAGAAUUAAAACUCCUCCACAUCUAGGCUCUACAUUUGCUGCACAUUUUUAGGAUGAAUUGAGGGAAAAAAGCCAUGUUACGAGCAAGUAAGGACUGGUUAGCAGGCAUAAUAAGGGCCAUAAUGGUGUGCAAGUCAUGUGUAUGUACUUAAUUCAUAAAAAAAUGUUUAUGUAAGUAUGUUUUUAAAUGUUUUUUUUUAUCAUGAUGUGUAAAACUGGUCUACUUUCCUUCUACUGCCUUUUUUGUGAUUUAACUAUUACAAAUGUGCCUUAUAAUUUAUGAUUAUAGUCUGAUAAUUUACCUGAUGUGUGGUAAUAGACUGUGUAUGUGUAAAAAAUAUAUAUUGUUGUAAAUAAUAAUAAAGCUAAAAGAAAUUGCUAAA